CACUAGAACACCUAGCAUGGCUAGGCAUUUUGGGCAGACUUAGAUUAAAUCUUAAGUUUAAAAUAUUACAAAAUUAUGAGAGAGUGGGAACAAGAAAAAAUGGAUGAUGAAUGGGAAGAACUUGAUGAAAGUGCCAUGGAAGAAUGUAUGUCUCUUGCUACACAGAUGUGUUCAAAGCUUCCUCAGGAUGAAGAUACUUUCAAGCAAAGGAACAACCAAACUCCUAAAACAACUGAAAAUAAGUUUUUCAAAAGUAGAACACCCAAAGAUUUACCUAAUACCAAAGAUCAACCCAUGAAAACUACCAGACAUAUAGAAUCUUUCGAUAAUAAUGCUGCCAUCGGUUUUGAUGACAGUGGUUUUUCCAGUGUAAAGAGCAACAGUGUAAAUAAUUCAAGACUUUUGAUUAGCAAGACUAAAAGUGUAAAAGCAGCUUGUAAUCAAACAAGCAAUUUUCCCAAACCCAGCUACAUUGACAGAUUCAGUGAUUUUUCUGUUCCAAGCAGUAAUUCACGGAAAUCAUUUGUAGGACAUGGAAAACCAGUACGUAGCUCAGGCAAGGUGUAUAAUUCUAUUCCAAUGAAAGGAACUGGAGGUACUCUCAUCGCUGCAAAAACAUGUAUUCAACCAACAUGUUCAUCAGGAAGUGAGGGGAAUCAACAGGAGUUACUAAGGAAAAUACAAGCAGAGAAAAUAAAGCUUGAGGAAGAUGCUGUUCUGAAGCAAGGAGAGGUAGCAAAUGCUGCUGCUGAAGCAGAAGCUAAGGCAAAAGAAAGUGCAAGAAAUGUGGAGAAGUUACAAGGAGAGCUUCUGUUUAAGAAUCGUGAAGUAGAGGAACUUAUAAAUCGGUGCCGUCAGUUAGAGCAACAAAUGUUGCAGCAUACCGCAUCCAAGACCCAUGGAACCCCUAUGAAACGGUACCGUUCUGAAAUAAUUUCUCCUAAAGCUUCUCCGGGCACAGCACAUUCAAGCUUUGCUUCAAGGUUUGAUUUUGGUGGAGGUCGAUCCAGCGUUCGCAGUGUGGAAAUUCAAACAGAGUCUUCAUAUUCUAAAGCUAAAGUGCGAAGAAGGCUUAAUGUUACUGUGGCCAGAGGUGAAGUGUGUGGCAGUAGACGUAGCGCCUACCUUCUCUCAGCUAGUGGAUCAGCACCAGUUGUGGAAAGACAAGCAGUUAUUACCAGUUGUGCUGGCAAAAAUUGGAGCUUACCUUGUGAGUGGUCAUAUUUGAUCUCACAGAUUAUAACAGAGAAGGAAAGAGUGUGUGUGGAGAAAAGACUAAUGUCAUUGGCCAUAGAGAGACUUCAAGAGGUACAUACACUCAUAGUAUCCAAAGAAGCUGAAAAUAACAGAUGGCCUGUAACCAGCUCAUCUCCAGUGGACUGGUAUGAAGUCCAAGUGAUCCCUGCUCUUCAUGUGAUAAGCUCAUUUGCAUCUCCACAUAACCUUAACCAUGAACCUAAAGCUCUGCAGAUCAUCAGUGCACAUCUUUCACCAUUACAUAUUAAGGAAGUCCUUGUCAACAACAGAAUAUGCUUUGUAAUCUUAGAUACUAUGGAGAAGGUGGCAAGUUUUGUAUCCUCACCAAAAGACAAAGUAGUGUUCAUGUUUAGUUGGAAAGCUGUGUAGUACUAUUAACAAACUAUGUAUAGGAGAAGUGACCACAGUUUCAUUGUUACUGAAAUGGAUCAUGGUACUCAUGAAGGAGCCACCACAGUGGUUAAACUCCAACUGUGUGUGUCCAUCCCAACUCUUGGCUGCACUUCUCAAGCACAUUUGUCAGACAUUGGAUUAUACAGACACAGAGAAAGGUAUGUCUGAGAUCUCAGUUGUCAUUUUAGUCACUCCCCUCUGGUAUACGAGUGAAAUGGAAGCCUCUUAAAUAUUUUACACUGGCAGGAUUCCUGUAUUUUCUGUUUUUACCCAUGACUAUGCAAGAUAACAGGUAAAUUUUGCAAUUACUGAUUACAGUAAGGGCCCACUUUAUGGUGUUCUGCUAAUACGGACAUUUCAAAUUAUGACCAAAACUCACUAUACGGCUCCCCCACCUGACUUUCUAAUACGGUCACCGCGCCCCACCCGGUUUAUUUAUAUUUUCCAUGAGCUCC